AUGGAAAAGCACAAUCGAACAGUCCUAAAUGAAUUCAUUCUCAUGGGAAUCACAAACCACCCAGAGCUGCAGGCUCCAUUAUUUGGGCUCUUCCUCAUCAUCUAUGUCAUCUCAGUGGUGGGCAACGUGGGCAUCGUCAUCCUCAGCAAGAUGGACUCCAGGCUACAAACACCCAUGUACUUCUUUCUCAGACACCUGGCUUUUACCGAUAUUGGUUAUUCAACGACUGUGGGCCCCAAAAUGUUAGUAAAUUUUGUCGUGGAUCAAAAUACAAUAUCUUAUUACUUUUGUGCCUCACAGCUGGCAUUCUUUCUUGUGUUCAUUGUUAGUGAACUUUUUAUUCUAUCGGCAAUGUCCUAUGACCGUUAUGUGGCCAUCUGUAACCCUCUGCUCUACACAGUCAUCAUGUCCCAAAGCGUAUGUGGGGUGCUGGUGGCAAUUCCAUAUCUUUAUAGUACAUUUGCUUCUCUUUUAAUCACCAUAAAGAUUUUUAACUUGUCCUUCUGUGGGUACAAUGUCAUCCAUCAUUUCUACUGUGACUGUCUCCCCUUGUUAUCUUUGCUCUGCUCAAACACACAUGGAAUUGAAAUGAUUAUUCUGAUAUUGGCGAGUUUUAAUUUGUCAUCCCUUCUGAUAGUGCUUGUGUCUUACCUGCUCAUUCUCAGAGCCAUUCUCAGGAUGAAUUCUGCUGAGUGUAGGUGCAAGGCUUUUUCCACCUGUGGAUCCCACCUGACAGUGGUCACAGUGUUCUAUGGGACUUUAAUAUUUAUGUAUGUGUGGCCCAAGUCCACUCAUUCCUUUGACGCUGAUAAAGUGGCUUCCAUAUUUUACACCCUGGUUAUCCCCAUGUUAAAUCCCUUGAUCUACAGCUUGAGGAACACAGAUGUUAAAUAUGCCCUACGUAAGCUGUCGAAAAAAUUAUGCAAUAUCUUUUUUUAA